AUGUUACUCGCUGACUCUCUCAUUCGAUUUUUACAGAGAUUAAGUUUAAUUCUUUUGUUAACAACUAUCAGUAUUCCUCUAUGGUAUGGCUCAACUAAUUCUCAAUAUAUUUUCAUACGUGUUGUACAUUCCCUACUGACAGUAAAACAUUCUUUCAUAUCUGAUGCAACUCGACCAACAUUGAGUACGGAAUUUCGUGCGUUUGAAAAUUUAAUUCGUAUUCGGCCAAUUCCGAAAUAUGAUCCAUUAGCCGAUGCUCUUACUUUACUGAAAGAUAUGCGUACGAAAUCUGUGAUAUCUGAUCUCAUUCCCAAGCCAUCGCAAUGUCGAAUUGCCGAGGAAAUCUUUGAACACAAUGGACAUUCUGUCGAAACUUACUGGAUUGACAAUUCGAUUCGAAAGUCUCGAAAACAUUCCGAUAAAUUAUUUCUUUUCUUACACGGCGGCGGAUAUUUAAUCGGAAAUAUUCAUAGCUACAGUGGUUUCGAAUGCGAAUUAUCCCGAAUAUUCAAUGGGACAAUUCUCCAUGUGGAAUAUCGUCUUAGUCCUGAACACCUUGUUCCUGCUGCUGUCAAGGAUACAGUAUCAGUUUAUCAAAGUUUGCUUCGUCAGAAUAUUUUACCAUCGCAGAUUAUUUUGAUUGGUGAUUCUGCUGGUGGUGGUCUCGCACUUCUCACCGUUCAGACUCUAAUUGCACAAAAUGAGCAAUUACCAUGUGGUGUCAUCGUUUUAUCACCAUGGACAGAUUUGUCUGCGUCCGGUGACAGUUUUCAUCGUAAUCGUGAAGCUGAUUUGUUAUUUACUCAUGAUGAUGUUCGCUGGGUUACCGCGCAAGUCUUGAAUCUCAAUCAAUCUGCGAAUGAUCCUCACUACAGUCCGUUGUUUGGUUCGUUCAAAGGAUUUCCACCGAUGUAUAUCAAUGUAGGUACAAGUGAAUUGCUGUAUGAUGAUUCAAAGCGAGUUUUUCUCAAGGCAAAGGAAGCAUAUGUGAAUGUAACAUUUGAAGAAGGUUUGCAUAUGAUGCAUAUCUAUCCAAUAUUUUUUUCAUUUUUUCCCGAAGCACAAAUAACAUUGAACAAUAUUAAUCGUUGGAUACAAAGACUUUCUCAAGGAAAUUAA